AUGUUGGUUCGGACAACUACUGGUGCUUAUUUUUAAGGCUCAACUUUCAAUGGUCACCAUUUAGAUUGGAGUCACUGAAAUCGAAGAGGCGACCUUCCCUGGAGAGGAGAACAGGGGAAAACUAAGGGGAGAGCUUUGAAGAGGGUCUCUUCCGUUCAGGGUCAGUGACCACUGACUGCUGAGCUUUAACAUUUUGCAUCUAGCGGGCUUGAGAACUCCCACGACUACCUCCACAGUGGAGGAUCGAGCUCGAGCUCUAGUACUCUGGGGAGAAAGGUGGGAACUUCAUUUUUGCCAAAAUUUUUUGGCUUCGGAGAUUCCUCUUCAUCAGCGUCUGGUUCUAGUGCAGAUGAAAAAUCCUCUUCCUCUACGCCCACAGCCCCUGUCCGCCUUGAAGAUGGUACCCUUGCACUUGAUGAGGUGAAGAGAACGAGAACAUGGCUAAAAAAGCAACUCCAGCUGGUCAGCGCCCCCAGCGAAUCCCUAGCAGCAAAGCGGAGAGACCAGGUUAUAGGGUUGAAACUAGUGCUGGAUGACAAAAUGCGUGGCAACUUAGACAAUUUAGAGGCUGCGUUAGAACGUGUUUCCAAGAGCGUAAAUACGAUCGCAAAUAAGUUGCGGGAGGUAAAUCAGAUUACAGGACGUGGUGGUCAUGAGGUGGCGUCUGUAGAAGAUAGUGGUGGAACUGAUGGAGGAGGCAUAGAAGAACAGACUGAAAAAGCACUUAAACAAUUUCUUUGAAAGGCGAAGGUAAUUCUGGAUGUGCUGC